GUAAAUUUAGAUUUAGAUCACUUCUCUUUGGACAUUAAUACUCUUAAUACAAUUAAUUAAACUAUUGUCAAGUUCUACUCAUUCAGCGUUUAAAAAAGUUAAAAAGUUAUGGCAAAAUAUCUGAUUUUUGUGUUGUUUACUUUGUGUUCAACCAUACUUGCUGCCCCUUUCGAUUGGGAGGUUGAUUAUGAGCCUAUUGGUCCUGAAUACACUUAUAAAAUUGGCGUUGAAGUCGGGGAAAUGGAAUCCACAGUUGGUCCAUCGCGUGUCUUCGUUACGCUAUACAAAAAAGUGGGUGAACAUGAAUGGGAUGGUGAUGGUUCACAUGAAGCGGGCGUAAAUAUAAUCUUUGAAAGCCAUUCAACUCAAAACUUUACGGUAAAAUCGUCUACGCCAUUCAGUCAAGUUGAUAAGAUUUUCUUUCAAUUUUCCGGCAUGCAAGUGUACUAUGGUUAUAGUGCUAUUCACUUUGUUAACAUUCAGACUGCUUAUGUGACUGAAACUACACCAAACCAACCACAAAUUACCAAGAAAUAUUGUAAAAAUGUAUCAGGAAAACUUGAUGAUAGUGUGGCUAGUCGGAGCCUUUCUUUGUGUUAGGCGUUAAGAACACUCCAGUUGAUUUCAAGCUGAUGAACCCUGCAAGACUACAAGGAGUUAGAUUCACAGACAAUUUAUCGAGUUAAUAUUAAUAUUCAUGAAUAAAAGUUUUUACUAAAAAUCUUUAAUUUACAACUUAGUGUUUUACUGUGAAAUGCAGUCUCGAAAUGCAACUGAUUGAAUAUGCGUUUUAAUGGGGUUUAUCAACAGAACGUCCAAGAGACCAAUAACAAACUUUUUAUGUUUUGAAUUAAAUCCAAUUGAAAGAAA